AUGGCGUGUGGGCUUAAAAUAUGUUUGAUGGUGUUUGUGGUUGGUAACAUUGAGGCAUUGGUUGAUGGUGCACCACAAGUGCCUUGUUACUUCAUAUUUGGAGACUCUCUGGUUGAUAGUGGCAACAAUAAUGUUCUUGAGACAGUGGCCAAAGCCAAUAACCUACCAUAUGGUGUUGAUUUUCCUGGUGGACCAACCGGAAGGUUUUGCAAUGGCCGGAAUAUAGCUGACAUCAUCGCUGAGCAUCUAGGUUUUGACAGUCAUAUUCAACCAUUUGUAAUUGCACAAGGCCAGGACAUCCUCAAUGGCAUCAACUACGGAUCUGGCGGAUCUGGUAUCCUCGAUGAAACAGGACAACAACUGGGUGCUCGGAUCAGCUUGGGUGGACAGUUAGAAAAUCAUCAAACUACAAUAUCAAAAAUCAGCACAAUUUUGGGCAACAAUCAGUCAGCUAUAGAGCACCUGAAUAAGUGCUUAUAUUCAGUUGGAAUGGGAAGCAAUGACUACAUCAACAACUACUUUAUGCCCGAGCACUACAACACAAGUCGCCAACACAACCCAAAUCAAUAUGCAUCACUACUAAUUCAACAAUAUUCCCUGCGUUUAAGGGCUUUGUACAACUAUGGAGCAAGGAAGGUCGUGUUGUUUGCUCUUGGUCUAAUUGGUUGUGCUCCAUAUGAAUUGAAGAGGAACAUUGGACUACCAUGUGUGCCCCACAUCAACCUAGCAGUCAACCUCUUUAAUAACAAGCUUAAGGUUCUUGUAGAUAACCUCAAUCAACAGCUUGCUGGUGCAAAGUUCAUUUAUGUGAAUACUACCGGAAUUUCGACUACCAUGGGUUUUGGUUUUAGGUUUUCAAACGCUCCAUGCUGUACAGUAUCAACAGGCAUUGGUGAAGGGCAGUGUCUUUCACAACAAGAUCCAUGUCCUAAUAGGAAUGAGUAUGUCUUCUUUGAUGCAUUCCAUCCUACUGAGGCUGCUAAUGUGAUCAUGGGAGGGAGAGCAUACACUUCUCAGAAUCCGUUCGACACUUAUCCGGUCGAUAUUCGAGGUCUAGUUCAGCUCUAG